AUGCGCCACGCCUGUACAAUGCCUUCGUUCGAAUCCUGCACCCCGGAACCUUCGACGGGUACAGAUAGCAAUUUGCGAUCUCUCUCUCUGAUCGGUUCAACAGCUUCUGUCUUGGGCGGUUCUCCUAAACAAGAGUCCGACGAUGUUCUAAGCGCUCAGUCCACGACCGGAUCGCAGCAAAUACCUUCAGACCUCGAAUGUCUCUUCCGCGAGAGUCACGUCUACAAACGGCUUGCAGCCGAUCCCGAAGGACGACCGAUACCUACCCCUGAAUUGACCGUGAAGGCGGAGAUCAUUCAAGCGCUUCGAAGCGGGACUUCCAUCAAGUAUGAGGAAAACCAACCUUGUAACGCGUGGGGACAAUAUGAUGGCAGUCUGGUUGUGGACGGCGUGACACGAUACUACGUGAAUGAAAAGGAUGUGCAAUCAGCAGGAAAUAAGCCUUCUCAAGGGAGCUCGGCAGUCGCCGGGAAGAUGUAUCUGGGAGUCUAUCCGGGCGAACCGGAUGUUACUGUAGCUAGUCAAAUAUCUCUCUCCUCACACGAUAUGCAGGGCACGUCUUUUGCUCGAUUCGCACGAAGAACAACACUACUUCGCCCCAUGGCACCUCUUUCGCUGUCGACGCUAUCUCUCCAUUUGAGUUCCGCCGCCUCGGACGCAACGACUACGACUACGUCGACAUGCCUCUCUUCGGAUAUAACGCAGCUUUCCGCAGACAAUGAUCCCUCUUUGUGCUUUUCCACGAGUACCCUUCUUGGCGGCCCGCCUAUUGACAUAUCCCCGACAGAUCCGGUCCAGGCGAUACUCGCACACAAAGCUAAAGCAACGCCUGUGAUCCAGAUUGACCCCACACUACCCAUCAUCCCGGCAACAACCGAACGUCCGAAGCUCCCUAAGGCAGUCGAAGAAAUCUUUGAAGGAGGGUUUGACUUCACAAUCACCAAGCAGACAACCGGAUCCACAGAACCGCCGGUGACCGCAACAACAGAGGAGUUUUGUCAAGCUGUCGCGGCAGCGGAUGACAUCAAGGUCGAGAACUCAGAGAAAACGUAUCUUGCCCGGUCUGCGGGCAUGGUGGUAGUGCUAGUGGCUUUCACCGGUUCCAUGACGUGGAUCGUUGACUAUUGUCAGCGGUCAAAUGAAAAGAAGAUCAUAACCGGAAAUGGUGUCACGUCGCUAAACAUGGUCUCGACCUCGAUUGCAUCCUUUGCCUACUGUAUUAUCGAUUAA